UUUCCUCAGCUUCGACGGGGAUAGCACGCACGUUUAGUGUCCUCUCUCUCUCUCUCACCGUCUCUUCUUCCCCUCUCGCCAUCACUAUAUACCGCAUUUAAUAUCCCAUUGAACUUCAGUGAGGAGAAAAACUAUACUGCAGUGAACGAGUGCUUUUCCAUAUUUUUUGGAGGCGAGUUGCGGCUACUGGGCUUCGAUGGUGAAGAAUAUGGAGCGAGACGCCCAGCAGGAAGAUAAGGGUGGUGGACGUGUUGUGUUUGGAGUAGCAGGAGUGGUCCUGGCUGCCUCCUUUCUCUUCAUGCGUGGUCCCGCCCAUGACACCACGCCCAUCCUCUCCACGCCCGCCCAUCUUGUAGACUACGACCCCUGCUGUGCCUACCCCUGCCAGAACCAGGGUGUCUGCCUCACCCUACCAGCCAAUAACUACACCUGCGACUGCACAGGCACUGACCACUAUGGCAUCCACUGUGAAAUACCAACGUGGAGAGCUUGGUUAAGGAAGAUAUUGAAGCCAGACCCGGAGACCGUGCACAACCUCAUCACCUCAAACAGCCUCUUGUGGGGCAUCAUCAAUAGGAUCCCAUUCAUCCACAAGCAAAUUAUUACCUAUGUAUAUAUCUCUCGAGGUGACAUGGUUGACUCUCCACCUACCUUCGAGAGUGACCACAGCUAUAUCACCCUCAACGCCUACUUCAACGAGAGCUACUAUGGUCGGGCACUGCCUCCAGUACCCACCCACUGCCCGACUCCUUUUGGCAUCAAAGGACCAAAAGAAUACCCUGACGUGGAUAUGCUGAUCAAGAAGGUGUUCAUGAGGAGAGAGUUUAUCCCUGAGCCCCACGACACCAACGUCCUCUUCCAAUACUAUGCUCAGCACUUCACUCACCAGUUUUUCAGAACAGAUUACAAGAAAGGACCUCAGCUGACCAAAGGAAGCGGUGGUGUGGACGUGUCUAAUAUCUAUGGUCUGACUGAGCAAGACCGUCAAGCUUUGAGGUCUCGUGUCGACGGCAAACUGCGGACACAGGUGAUCAACGGAGAGGAGUUCCCACCUUACCUAAAGGAUGUACCUGGCAUCACCAUGGACUAUCCUCCCCACGUGCCCAUACCCGAGGAAGCCAAGUUUGCCCUUGGCCACCCAUUCUAUGCCUUACUCCCAGGACUCUUUGCAUAUGCGACCAUCUGGGUUCGUGAGCACAAUCGUGUAUGUGAUGAGCUACACAGACUUCACCCGGGCUGGGAUGACGAACGCCUCUACCAGACUGCUCGCCUUAUUAUCAUUGGCGAGGUUAUCAAGAUCACCAUCGAGGACUAUGUUCAACAUCUCAGUCAAUAUAACCUGAGAUUGACCUUUGAACCAGAGCUCACCCACGGCACCCACUUCCAGUACCACAACCGCAUCCAUGCUGAGUUCAACCACCUGUACCACUGGCAUCCACUCAUCCCAGACACACUGCAGAUUAAUGGAACAGACUAUGCUAUCAUGGAUAUGGCAUACUCCACGGCACCUGUGUUCAAGCAUGGUCUUGAUAACUUUAUCCACUCCAUGGUCAACAGCAGAGCAGGAGCACUGACGACAAGGAAUCACGCCCACGUGUUGUACCCAGUCCUGAAGAAGGUGAUCGAGAACAGCCGACAACUUCGGUUCCAAGGCGUCAAUGCUUAUAGAAAGAGGUUCGAGAUGAAACCUUUCACCAGCUUCCAAGAACUGACCGGAGACACGGAGUUGGCUGGAGUCCUGGAGGAGAUGUACGGGGACAUUGAUGCUGUGGAAUAUUAUAUUGGUCUACUGGCAGAGCGCCCUGGUCCCUCCAUCACCCCGCUGACCAUGGUAAACAUGGGAGGACCCUGGAGUGUGAAGGGUCUCAUGGCCAACCCCAUUUGCUCUCCUAAGUACUGGAAACCUUCCACCUUCGGAGGUGAAGAAGGCUUUAACAUCGUCAAAACAGCGUCUUUGGAAAAGCUUUUCUGUCUCAACAUGAGGACUGGAUGCAAAGACAUCAGUUUCACAGUUCCAGCCGGCACAUCUUAGCAUAUUUCAGUUGAUUAGGACUUUUAUCAAAUUGCAUGAAUGCUUGAUGAUGCAAGUCAUUCCAAGAGUGAAGAGUUCCUCAUUUUAAGAUUAAGGUGUGUGUGGCUGAGGGAGAAAGACGUGAAUCUCGUGAAUUAAUUUAUAUUUUAGUAGUAAAUCUUAUACCUCACUCAAAGCUGAUAUUUGUUGCCAAUAUUUAUUGAAUGAAUGACUUCUGUGGACCAGAGGAGGCAAGUGUGAGUGGGACCUGCCUAUCAUGGGUCAGUAAGCCUACUGCAGUGUUUCAGUAUUGUUAUGUUCAUGUUUGCCCUUCCCCUCAGGAUGCUAAGAGCCAGUGUUUUUGUGGAUCAGAUUAAACUAGCCCCUGUCCCUAUUUUCUAAGUUUUCUGUAUCACUGGAGCACUAGGUCACACUUUUGUAAAGUGGACAUUCGUUUGUUAUUUGUGUGCAAGUGUAAUAUAGUGAAAGCUAACUUUUAUAGAUAUUUUUAUAUUGUUACUAGUCACUUUUAACUGAUGCAUGUGUGGGAACACCACAGUAUAACUGAUCAUUUAUGUUUCAUCCAUAUUUUGAGUCGAGGAAGUAUACAUGGGAACAUUUAAGAGGAUCUGACUCUACAUGCAAUCAGAAUACUAAAAUAUUUAAAGAAGGAAGAAGCUUUGAACCCUUAGAGAUCCCACAGUGACCGGAAAUGGGAGGCAAUCACUGUCGAUCUUAGUGAAGGAUAGGUUCAAUAGUCCCCUUAAUCACUAGUAUCAAGGGACCUUCCUUGACGCCCAGUCGGUGUAAUUUUUAAAUUGAAAUCAGAAGUCAUAAUUUCUAAAAUUUGGAAAUCAGAGCCUCGCAUGACCGGAGGGGAAAAAAAAAAGAGUCUCUUUACUUGAUAUCGGAAACUUUAAGUAAAAGAAGAAUCUUGGUGUCGGAACCCCAUUACAAGGAAUCAGAAUCCUACGUUCUCAUAGAUCCAUUUGUAAGGCGCCUUGAACUAUCAAGUAUGUGCCUUUGUGUACAUAUUGCAGAAUAUUGUGUGUAUGUCAAAGUGUAGUGUAUAUAAAUGUCAAAAAGUAGUGUGUGUACAUGUCAAAGACUAGAGUGUGUGUACAUAUCCAUGAGUAGUGUUUGUGUACAUGUCCAUGAGUAGUGUUUGUGUACAUGUCCAUGAGUAGUGUUUGUGUACAUAUCCAUGAGUAGUGUUUGUGUACAUGUC